UGUGGCACUGGAAGGCUUCCUGACUGAGGAGGGGGAUGUUUUUCUAUAACGUGUUGGGCAUGGCAAUCGCAGGACAAAAGGAUGUUUUAUUGGCUGCUCUUGUCCUCUAAGCUUCCUGUAAUGAAGACAUAAUGUAUGUUUUGUUGGAAAGAAGCACAGUUCAGGGAGUUUCCCCUUUGGACUGUGUUACAUUAUUUCUCUUCAUACAAAACCUCUAUAAACAUUAAGAGAUUUUCUCCUUUUUUCUGCCAUCACGGUCAAUGUGCCAGAUACCCCUCCUUACCAUGUCUUCUCACAGAACUUUGAGCAUCAAGAAAUUCCUAGCCAAAACCCAAAAGCAAAAUCACCCUAGACCCGAAUGGAUUUGGAUCAAGACUGGUAAUAAAAUCAGCUCCAAGAGGUCACGAUGGAGAAGAACCAAGCUGCGUCUUUAAAG